CGCUUCUCGUGGCACAGAUGCAUACCCGGGAGAACAACACUAGCUAGUGAACAACUCACUCAGCCACACGCACACAUGCCUACACACACACACACACACACACAAACCGGAACUCAUCGCAUAGCUGCCUUGGCCUGCCUUCCUCUCUCUCGGACAACACACACCUGUGUCGUUCAGUUUUGUUUGUUGUGCUGGUGUUCGUUGUCGUCUGCCGACGACUCGUCAUCCUCUAUGCCCACGCCAGGGGCCGUCUCCUCGUCGAUCUUGCGCCGCUGCACCAUUGGAGGCACCAACACACUCGUCACCUCAUAGCUGACAGCACAUCACAUCAACGCAUACAGAGGGAGGGAGCGGAGACAUGGUAAGAGAAAGUGACCACCAGACAGAACAGACACCUUGCAGGCGGUUCUGUCACAUGCAGCUGAGCCAAUUUCUCCAUAGCUUCAGGCAGGUCCGGGGAGAGAGGCGACUCCUCGCCUCUCUUGCGCGGUGGAUGAUAGAUCAGAUCACUGUCCUGCUGCUGGCUGUCAGCACCACCGGGGGUGUAGAUGACCUGAUCUUGAUCAUACUGCCUGGCUGACGUCCCCCUGAAGGCAGGUUUGGCUGUCUUGGCACGCAGCGAGGCAUUGAGGCUGUUGCGGCUGCUGGUUGCGCCGCCACGGCUGCCGAGAGACCGCUCCAGGUCCUCCAGGAUGGAGUGAGACACCACACGGCUAUUCUGGAGCCUCUGCAGGCACGUCCCUGCACACACAGGCAAGCACAGGGAAGAGCAAGGGAUGGACCUGGCACCGCACCCAGUGGUACCUUCUGUUGCUUCGAGCUCGGGCAGUUGCGCCUCCAAAGCCAUGACUUCCGCGAAGAGAGCCCUCUCCCUUUCUUCCUGGUCGCCCUUGAGCUCCUGAAGGCGGCGGGCCCGCUCACCGUCGAUGCGCUUUUUCGCCAGCAGCCUCUCGCGGUGCACGACCAUCGCACGAUUGGAGUUGCGAAGAUUUGUGUCGGCCUCCAUCAUCUUCUUCUGUCUCAGGUAAUCCUGGCUCUCGGCGCGUGUGUUUUCUGCACUCUGCUGCUUGGACUUGAUGAACUCGUAGCUCGCCAUCUGCCUGCUGCUGCUGUGAGACAUCCGCUGCUGCGCCGCCUUGUCUUUGUUGGCACAAACCUCGCUCUCUUUGUAGUGCGAAAUGGCCUUGUCGGCCAUCUUUUUCUCUGCAGUCAACACAAAGCCACUUCUGCGAUGAAACCCGCCCAUUGCAAAGCAGGGUUCUUCUCACCGAGUGUGCGGGCCCUGCCAUCCUCAAUCCUGGAUGCGUGCCUCCUGACCUCGUCCAGGUCUCGCCAGAUCUUUUCCUCUUCUCGCUUGAAGUAAGAAAUGCGGUUCUGCACAUGACAAGAAGGGAUACGGCCGCAUUCAUGCCGAGGGUCUUGUGGACCUUCUGACCUUGAGGGCUUUGGAAUUCUGUUCGAGCUGCUUCUUGCGUCGAAGGGCUUCGUGGAAGGUCAGGGGCCUGUGGGUGCCAAUCGAAAUGGGAUCUUGCUGAUGUUCAGCCAUCGCGAAAGGCCCUUUGAUGAUUGGAGCUCGCCUUCUGCUUUUUCCUUCGCUCACGGAGCGGCUACGGCCGGAAACGGGAGAGCCCGCGAG